UAUAUAUGGCAUUUGGGUGUGUGUAUGGGAAUCCCUACGAAUUAUGAUCGGUUUACUUUUUGCUUUUGCUACGCAUAUGAGCGAUGAGGCAGAUCCAAAGUCUGGGUUUGAGAAAUUCAUUUUGAACGCUGUUGUUGUUGUUGCCGUGGGUAUUGUGUUUCUAUUGGGUGGCAUUUGUUUGCUGAUUGGUGUCUGGAAGGACAUCAAGAUACUUGUUAUAAUGUCUACAGUAAUUACCUUUCUGUAUGUGAUCUGGGUGCUGGUGUAUUUAUAUUUUUUAGCAGCCGGCUUGCUCGUAUUGUUGGGUGUUUUUAUAGUGUACAACUUUUACAUGGGAAUUAUGCAGAUAUGCUAUAUCUGUGACAUGGUAGAGCGAUCACAACUAGAUGAAAAACCAAGACGGACCCGAAAGCAAGACUGGUAAUUCAAACAUGUACAAGCUGGCGAUAGAAAUAAAUAUGAAGCUCCACCCUGACGCUCCAUUCGCGAUCACCAAAGCA